UGCGCCGUCUGCCUUGGGCGCAAUUCCCACCGCACAGUGGAGUGUACCGCCACAAAAACCUGGGACAACCUCUUCAACUCCUAUUCAGAGCGCAUCCACAAAGCACUAUGGACUAAGGACGGGCGUCAACUCUGCACCUCAUGGCAACGCGAAGAAGGAUGCACCAACACCCAGCACAACAGUAAGCACAUUUGCUCAGGGUGUGGCUCAUCCGAACACGGCGCCCAGCGCUGUGCUAGAGCACAGAAG